AUGCCCGUAACAGCGGCUGUCAGGGUGAACCAAUUGCAGAAUACAUUCUUAGAGCGCCUAUAUGCCGCCGCUACAUCAGCAAACUCUGCUAUUCCUCAGGGCGCAGCGCCUACGCCCUGGGCGCCAGGCACGCCAGGCGCCGCCAAGGCAGAGUGCUCGUGCCAGGCGUCGCCAGGGCAGGGUCCUCACGCCAGGCGUCGCCACAGCAGGGUCCUCACGCCAGGCGUCGCCACAGCAGGGUGCUCGCGCCAGGCGUCGCCACAGCAGGGUGCUCGCGCCAGGCGUCGCCACAGCAGGGUGCUCGCGCCAGGCGUCGCCACAGCAGGGUGCUCGCGCCAGGCGUCGCCACAGCAGGGUGCUCGCGCCAGGCGUCGCCACAGCAGGGUGCUCGCGCCAGGCGAUCCUAGCAUCCGCGCCCGACGCCCCCAGAGCAGUAUGUUCUCUGUCUGGCAGCACCAGGGCGCAUAA